AUGGUCACUGUCAGCAAAAUUAUCUCUCGCAUUACAGAGACUCGCUGGUCGAAGCUCUAUAUCUCUACUGCACUUGUACAAGCCUUCAUCAUCAUCAUUCUACAAGCAUUGAUUUGUUCACAAAAUACCCUUCAAGCCAGCCGAUUACCCGAGCCAUCCAAUCCAUCAGUAUUAUACUCCUCCACCACCAACGAUGACCUGAUACCAGAGCGUGCUGCCGAUCGAUUGGGAAGGAUCAAGUGGGAGAACCUUGCAUUUAUCGGUUUCCAAGUGUGGUUCAUUGGGAUGGUUUUCGAUGCUACCAUCUAUCAAAAUACAGCAGAGAUCCUUGCAUUGGCCUUACUCAACGCUGUUUGUGCUGUCCUUGGUGCGUUACAAGUCGUGGAUGGUAUCAAAUGGGUCAACGCUCUCAAUGAUACACACUAUGAUACGUCACCCCUUUAUAUGGCAAUGCGAUUGGAAAUUGCUCUCAGCAUAUCCAUCUUGAUCUUUGCAUGCGUAAUGGCCUAUCUCAGCUAUGAAAUGUCUCGUCAAUUUGGUUGGAAUAUCUACAAAAAGAUCGGUGCAGAUGUCCAAAUGCAACGCAUGUAUCGUAUGUUUCAAUUCUUUGUCCUGGCACUCAAGAUUGAUGUUUUCACCGAGUUCUUGGUAUCGCUUUUCUACGUCAUCCAAUUCGCAUUCAAAUCAAGGACUGGCGCCGUAUGGGAAAUUGCCAUUCAAGUGGUUGUCACUGUACUUAUCUUGCCUAUGCUCUACUUUGCCCGCACAGCAGGAAGCACUGAAAGCCGCGGUAGAAUGAUUACAUUCAUUGUAUUCGAAGGGAUUGUUGUUGUUCAUUAUGGUCUUAUCCUCAAGCAAACAUUACAACCCAACAACAAUUGGUACACAUGGAUCUGCCUUGUGGUGAUUGGUAUUCUUAUUGUCGCUGCCACAGCGGGAUUGGGUCUUGUCUGCAUGAACAACUUUGGUCGGGGACUCAAGAUGUAUGUCCAACGAGGACGUGGCAAGCAACGCCAGGAUUUAGAGAUGGCAAAGAACACCGACAACAAUUGGCAAAUUGACGACGAUUAG